AUGGCUGAUGGAGAAGGCAACUCGCAAUCUUCUGCUGCUGCUGCAGCAGCGGUAACAGAGACAGCAGCAGCGCCUUCUGACGCAGCAACAAGUCUCGGGAGAGCACAAGCAGCGGCUCGGGCUAAUAUUGCUGCAGCAGCAAAACCCAAGUUUGGAGCUCCCCCCGAUGCGCACCAGCAGAGUUGCAGCUCCAUCGUCGAGGAUAACUGCGAGACACGGGAAGUUCACCGGCACGAGCAGCAGCAGCAAGAAGAGCAGCAGACCCAGGAGCAGCAGCAGAGCGAGGAACAGCAAGAGCGCCCGCGGGAGCAGCAGCAGCAACAGCAACAGCAGCAUGGGAAGCUGAAGCAAAGCAAAAAGGGGGGCGGCUCUGACCGCGAACUCUUGAACCUUAUAACAGGACACGGCAAUUCUCUUAGCGAGCUGUGCCUAGCAUUUACAGCGGGCCGCAACAAACGCUCACGCGCAGCAGCAGCACCAGAAUCACCUGCUGCAGCAGCUGCUGCCUCCACUACGCCGGCCAGCAAAGGCAGCAGCAGCUGCAGUAGAAGGAAAAAGCUAGUUGACUCAGCUUCUGCGAAGUCGGCAGCUGACAAAAUGGGGAAGGCUGCUGCAGCAGCUGCUGCAGCAACUACAGCUGACCCUGCAGCGGCGUCGGCAUCCUCAACAGAAGCAGCACCUGCUGCUGCGGCAGAAGAUGAAGAAGGAGAGGGUUUGCUUCUGGCAGUCUGCUCAAGGGAGCUGCGGAAUCUAGCAACGUCUGCAGAGCUGCUGCAGGCCUUCUCUGGCUGCCGCAGCAGCCGACGCGCUGCAUGCAGCAGCAUCAGCAGAGAUAGCAGUGCAAACAAGGCCAGCAGCAGCAAGGGCAGAAGCACCAAGGGCAGCAGCAGCAAGAGCAUCAGCAACAACAGAAGCAGCAGCAGCAGCAGCAGCAGCAGCAAGAGCAGCAGCAGCAAGAGCAGCAGCAACAACAGAAGCAGCAGCAGCAGCAGCAAGAGCAGCAGCAGCAAGAGCAGCAGCAGCAGCAGCAGCAAGGGCAGCAGCAGCAAGAACAACAACAGAAGCAGCAGUGGCAGCAGCAGCAAAGGCAACAGCACCAGCAGCAGCAGCUCCAAGCAGACAACAAAGAAAUCCCCGCCAACAACGGAAAAGGGCAAAACAACAACACCUCAUAAGGGCUGGCAGCAGCAGCAGGAGCAGCAACAGAAGAGUCUACAGCCAAGCAAAGUGUCUGGGCAGGAGCAGCAGCAGCAGCAACAGCAGCAGCAACAGAAAAAGGAGAAGCAACAACUAGAGGAGCAUAACAGGCUGAAGUCUGAGCGGCAGCAGCAGCAGCCACGGCAACAGCAAAAGCAGAAAAAGGAGAGGCAGCAGCUGGAUGAGCAGCAGCAUAAGGAGCUGAAGCCUGGACAAUACCACCAUCGGAAGCAGCAAAAGGAACGGAGCGGAAGUCAGCUACAGCAGCAGCAGCAGCAGCAGCAAAAAAGUGAGCAAAAGCACGACGAAACUGCGCGCAGCAAACGCGGGCGGCCGCAACAGGAGCAGCAGGAGGGGGCCUUACACAAGAAGCAGCAGCCGCGGAUCGAGAAGCAGCAACAUGGGGAUGCUGGAGAGAAGAAGCAGAAGCGGCAGAAGCAGGAGCAGCAGCACGGCCAGUCAGAGCAGCACCAGCACCAGCAGCAAAAGCAGCAGACCGUCAAACGCGAGGAGCAGCAAAGCGAUUUAUCCCCACGGCGUGGCAGCAGCGAUGGCGGCGCUUCAGCGACGCAGCAGGGAGCAGCGGCCGCAUCAGCUGCUGCUGCUUCUGUUGCAGCGGAAGCAGCAGCAGCAACUGCAGCUGCUUCCGUCGCUGCACCAGAAACGCCACAAGUAGCUGCUAUUUCGGCUGCUGCUGCAGAAGCAGCAACGAAAACUGCUGCAGCUGCUGCUGUUUCGGCAGCACUUGCUGAUGCAGCAGCUGCUGAAGGCAGCACUGCAAGCACAUCCGAACUGAGCAGGAGCAGCAAAGAAGACAGGCAUGGCCAGACGAGUGGCAAGAACAGCAGCAGCAGCUGCAGCAGCAGCGGCUGCAGCAGCGGCGUUGCUGUGACCAGCACUGGAGACGACCGAAGCGCAGCAGACACAAGCAGCACGAAGACGGAAGACGGCGAAAGCCAAACAUCCUUUUUCAGCAGCAGCAGCAGCAAGAGCACCUCUAAGUGCAGCAACAGCAGCAGCAGCAGCAGCAGCAGCAUCUCCAACGAUGAGGAACAGGAAACUGCCUGUGCCUUGCCCUCGAAAUUAGAGGCCACCGAGGAAGCAAAAAUGCCAGCAACAGCAACAGCUGCGGAAGCGACAGCAGCAGACCUUGCUGAACUGCCCGAGCCUAAGCAAGACGAGAGCCGCAAGAUGCAGCAGCAGCAGCAGCAGCAGCAGCACCAGCCGCAGCACCAAAAUGCAGUACUUGCAGUCCCGAGCCGGCCUGCCGCAAAGGCACGACGGCGACCAGUAAAGCCAGGAGCUGCAAGUAACUUUUGCUUUUGCUCCAUUUGCGGAAGUCCUGGAGAGCUGCUCUGCUGCGACUUUUGCCCCCGUGUAAUGCACGCGGCGUGUCUGUACAGCUACAAGCCCCUGCGGCGUUUUUUGCCUGAGGGCAGCCGCAGUGCUGCUGCUGCAUCUUUUUACAACAGCAGCUGCCUUUCUGCUGCCGCUGCAGCAGAGCUGCAGCAACUGCCACCCGCGCCUCGGCCUAGGGAAGGAUUGAAGCCGCACAGCGAAGCCACGGCGAAGCGGCAGCCUUGCAGAGCAGCAGCAGCACGGACAGCAGCAGCAGCAGCAGCAGCAGAAAAUGAAGGCUAUGAGCACUGGAUGUGUCCCGUGUGCCACGGAGAACCCGUUGCUGUUGCUGCAGAAGCAGCAGGCAGCCACCCCGCCUGGAGGCGCAGGCGGGUGGACUUUGCCCAACUAGCUGAAGAGGGGGGCCUGGUAGCUGUCUUCAAGGAGCUUCAGGAGCUGCGUCGGUUUUUUGCAGGAGAACUUGCUUGGAGGAAGUGGAAGGCAAAGAAUGGGGAGCGAGUCCAGGCGAAGAGCCAGCGCAUACAGCAGCAGCAGCAGCAGCAGCGGGGCAAACAGCAGCAGCAGCUGCAAACUCGCAAACUGCGGGGGGGGCCAGCCACGCCCAAGCAGCGCUCUUCACCCUCAACAGAAGUAACAACAACACCACCGUCAGAAUCAGCAGCAACAGCAGCACUUGAAACAGAAGCUGCUGCAGUCAGUGACGGAGUGUACGUGCUGCUGUCGGACCUGCCAGGAGAGGUGGCGCGCGAGCUGCUGCAGUCCAUGGCUAAAGUUGCCUCCUUGCAUGCAAUUAAAUUCUUAAGGGACUUCAUUUUGCAGCUCGGGGAAAGCCCCAACGAUGAUGACAGACAACACUUUCUAGAAUACGGGCCUGAAGUUGCUUACUUGCUGGCGAACCUUCUAGGGUACAUGGGGCCUUCCGGCUUGCUGCAGCAGCCGACGCUGAAUGCAGCAGCAGCAAUUCUAAACGUUUGGAGUCGAAGGAGGAGUCGCAUAACCGCCGAUGGCCUGCUGCACGACAGCAAAGUCUUCGCGUUGCUGGAGGCGUCUUGGGCGCAGCUAAUGGUCCACCGGCACAGCAGUCUUUCUGGGUCUUCUCCGCUGCUGCAGCGCGUGGAAUACGUGCAGUGGCUGGAGGAAGUCCGGGAAGCUGUGCGAUGCGGGGGUUUGGAGUCUUUGGGUUUUGACUACCAAGGGGGGCGGCUGCUGCUGUAUGACUUGACGGCUUGCCCGAACUGCAACGACACACAAGGCAUUCAGGGACCCUUCACUGCCUGCAUGGCUUGCGGCUGUCAGCUUCUGCCAGAAGUUUGCUGCGUAGAUUUCGGUCGUCUUUUUGAGCAGCUGGUUUGGGGUUCGCUGCUUCACCGCGCUGGGAUUGAGGCUCUUGCCGGCAGCGGCAAGAGCAGCAGCAGUAACAGCAACAGCAGCAGCAGCGGCAGCAGCAGCAGCAGCAGUACUUCGUUAGUGGCAGCAAUCCUCAAAGAAAUGUCUCGCAGCAUCCGGCCGUGGAGAAACAGGAGCGAUCUCGGGACAGAGGAUUGGCGCAACCAAGUCUACAUGGUGACCCAUGCACUGUUGGUUGUGAGCGGCUGGGGCCGUUUUUCUCUGAACUUGGGGCAGCGGUUUUGGCUGCCGGAUUGUCGCUUUCUCCGUUUUGCCCUUCACGAGGCAAUUGCCGUUGAAGAUGUGGAGAUGACCGGCGAAAUACUACACGCGCUGCGUCUGUUUGUCAUCCCCCAGCGCGCCUCCGCGGGAGCAGCAGCAGCUGCUGGAGGUGCAGCAGCUGAUGCUGCGUUGGCAGAGGAAGUGCAGAGUGAGCUGCGGGCUGAAGCAUUCGCUAUCCGCCUCGCAGUGCAGCACGGCCUCGUGUUUCUUCUGUCCAAACAGCAGAGGGGGUCUCGGGGUCGCUGGACUCCCAAAGACGAAACCCAAUACAAAACUUUCCACGCCUCGUAUUGCGCCGCCAUGGGGCUGAUUCGUCCUCAUAGAGGAAACUUUGGGGCCGGGGAGGCGGAUCGACAGCACGCAGAGUGGCAAGAUUUGUUUGUGUCUGCCAUCCCUAAGGUUCCAAUGUCGGAUCCGUCUUGCUGCUGCAAGCUGGCAGCAGCAGCAGCAGCGCACAGCAGCGCAGCCAGAGCUGCUGCUAGGGCCAGCCUUGAUGCUGCAGAGCCUCGCGUUUCUCCGUACCUUUCGUGUGCCGUCUCGGCCCUCAUCAUACCUCCAGCAGAAGAUGAGGCCGCAAGCUUGCUGGCCCGAGUCAAGGUCACUAUCAGGGCUCUGCACCGGCCCGUGAGCUGCAGAGUGUGGCGCAAACUGGCCUGCAGCAGCAAGGCAAAGCGGCUGAAGCUUUUUAAAGAAAGGGAAUUCCUGCAGCAAGACCCCGUGGGCUCUCAGGACGUCUACGUGGGGAUAUACAAAUUCAGGGAGCAGUGCUUUGUGUGCCUUCAGGACGUGGCAGUGCUGCUGCAGUGCACUGAAGUGUACUUACAACACCGCGUCUGUGGCUGGCUGAGGCCCCCCGUGGCUGCCAGGGGCCCCAUUCGAAUGGCCUUUAGGGCAAAAAAGUCAGAAACAGAGACGCUUUUGCUGUACUGCUUGACUGACCUGCAGCAGUUGCAGUUUCUGCAUGCAACAGCUGCGGUCCCCGAAAUGUUGCUUCUGCCAUUCUCGAACCUCGCUUCUUUUGCUGCUGCAGUCGACAGGCAAGUGUUCGGAAAAGCAGCGCCUUAA